CCAGUGCCCAGCUGUGUGUCCAUGAAGAGUGACCAGUCCCUGCCUGCACCUCUUAACUUCAGCAGUGAACCAGUUCCAUCAGGUCUAAAUGAAUUGAGUGCUGAUCUGACCCAGGAUCGGUCCAGGUGUGGAGUGUGUGAGAGGGUACUGAGGGACCCAGUCAUCACCACCUGUGGACACAGUUUCUGCAGGCAGUGCAUCAGCAGCUACUGGGUACAGACUGGACUACCAGGAGACAAAGCCUGUCCCAAGUGUGGAAAGACAUGCAGAACUCAACCUCCUCUACAGCCUCUUCUGGAUAAACACACAAACAUGGUAGAAAGCAGCAGACACCUGCACACUGAACACACACCAGACAGAAGGAGCAAACCAGCUGAUGAAGUCCUGAGGAGAGUUAUAGAGAAGCAUAAAGUCAGUCUGAAGAGGAGGUUUGAGAACAUAUCUGAAGGUAUCAUCAAAUCAGGAGCUCAGACACUCCUCAAUAAGAUAUACACAGAGCUCUACAUCACAGAGGGAGAGAGUGAAGGGGUGAAUAAGGAACAUGAGGUUUGGCAGGUAGAGUCAGCAUCCAGAGCACAAACCACAGAAGACACACCAAUCAACUGCAAUGACAUAUUCAAGCCCUUACUUGGACAGGAGAAGAACAUCAGAACUGUGAUGACCAAAGGUGUUGCUGGCAUUGGAAAAACUGUUUCAGUGCAGAAGUUCAUUCUUGAUUGGAUAGAUGGGGUAGCCAAUCAGAAUGUAGACUUUAUGUUUCCCCUUCCUUUCCGUGAGCUGAAUUUGGUCAGGAGUGAUCAGUAUAGUCUUCACAAGCUCCUGCUUGACUUCCAUCCUGAACUGAAGGAGCUGAAGAAUGGUAAAGAAUACAAAGACUGUCAGGUUGUGUUCAUCUUUGAUGGUUUGGAUGAGAGUCGAUUACCUCUGAAUUUCCAACAGAACAUGAUAUCUGAUUUAAAACAAAUAUCAUCAGUGGAUGUUCUGAUGACGAGCCUCAUUCAGGGAACUCUGCUUCCCUCUGCACACAUCUGGAUAACCUCACGACCAGCAGCAGCCAGUCAAAUUCCUGCUCAGUGCAUCGAUCAGGUGACAGAAGUACGAGGGUUCAAUGACCCACAGAAGGAAGAGUACUUCAGGAAGAGAAUCAGUGAUGAGAGUCAGGCCAGCAGAAUCAUCUCACACAUUAAGGCAUCCAGAAGUCUCCACAUCAUGUGCCACAUUCCCGUCUUCUGUUGGAUUGCAGCCACUGUACUUCAGCAGAUGCUGGACAAGACUAAAGACAUUCCAAAAACUCUGACUGAGAUGUUCAUACACUUCUUGCUCAUCCAGACCAGAAGGAAGGAUCAGAAGUAUCAGAGUGGAACUGAGACGGAUGAAGAGAAACUUCUGAAAUCUCAGAAAGAAAUGUUACUGAGGCUUGGAGAACUGGCUUUCAAUAAUCUAGAGAAUGGCAAUCUGAUGUUUUACGAGGGAGAUCUGAAAGAGUGUGGCAUUGAUGUCAGUGAAGCCUCAGUGUACUCUGGCAUGUGCACUGAAAUCUUCAAGGAAGAAUCUGUUUUUCACCAGAGGAAGGUCUACUGCUUUGUGCAUCUGAGCAUCCAGGAGUUUCUGGCAGCUGUGUUUGUGUUUCACUCUUAUGUGACUGGAAACCUUGAGGCCCUGAAAUCCCUCCUCAGUGAAGAACAUAAACCCAGUCCAUCUGUUUUAUCAUCUCUUCAAUCAGUGCUGGGCUUACAAUCUCAAGAUCAUCUACAUGUGUUACUUAAGAGUGCAGUGGAUAAAGCUUUGAAGAGCAGGAAUGGACACCUGGACCUUUUCCUUCGCUUCCUUAUGGGCAUCUCUCUGGAGAGCAAUCAGAGACUUUUGAAAGGUCUACUGAACCAUGAAUACAGCAGCUCAAAGAGCACCAAGGAAAUAUGUCAAUACAUUAAGAAGCUCAACAGCGAAGAUCUCUCUCCUGAACGAUGCAUCAAUCUUUUCCAUUGCUUAUUUGAAAUGAACGAUCAUUCCAUGCACAAAGAAAUAAAAAAAUAUCUGGAGUCACCAAAGAACAUCAAACAGAAAUUGUCUCCUGCUCACUGUUCAGCACUGGCCCACAUGCUUCUGAUGUCUGAGGAGGUGCUGGAUGAGUUUGAGCUGAAGAAAUACAACACAUCAAAUGAGGGACGCAGGAGAUUGUUCCCUGCUAUGAGAUGCUACAGAAGGGCACGGUGAGUUUCUAAUGGAGAUGGAUGAACUUAUUUUUUCAUUGUUAUUUUUGACAAAAUGUGACCUUGUGUUGAUUAUGUCCCUUCCACUACAGAACUGUGCAUGACUGAUUCAUAGUUUUGAUGUCACUGCUAUCUACUGCUGACGUACAGUAUGAAACAUGUAAAGAUACCAGCAGAUGCAUAAAUGCAUAAAUGAGUCAUGAUAUAGGAGAUAAAUAUUCCAUUUUCACUGCAGGUUGAUAACUUCACAUCAUUGCAUUGCAUACAUUUUAAUGUAAGUUUGACUUUUAGUAUUUAAGUCUGCCCUUUGAUGAACACAGUAAAGU